AUGAACGACCGGCGCCCCAGCGCCGCCGCCUCCGACGACACAAGCAGCGUGUACUCCGCACAGACACUCCCCCCGCCGCCCCCGGUCGCCGAGACAGCGCGCGCCUCACAAUCGAGCUUCGCAUCGCGGGCAUGGAUCUUCGGUAAAGUGCCCAGCUACCACAACAGCCAAAGACGGCCGCAUCUAGACCCGGUCGCGAUACGGGAAAGCGUAGCGUACCCGUCGGCGUCGAGCUUCGAGGCGACGAUCGAGAAGGGCACGGCGCGGUGCGGGAGACGCAAUUCGACGAAGCCGCAACUGGUGGAUUUGGGCGGGUUGAGGAGGACGGUGAAGCGCAUGACGACGAUACGCAGGGGGUCGGAGCAGCGGAGUGCGGUGGGGGUUGGGGCGGGGGCGACGCCGGGGACGUUGAGGGAGGCGUUUGGGCAGGCGGGGGGUGUGGAGGUUAGACGAGAGGAAGAAGUGGCGCGACCGCAGACGCAGACGGACACACAGACGCAGGCGGAGACGCAGAGACGAAGUGGAGAGCGGGUGUCUCAGACUAUUACGUUUAGUCCGCCGACGGACCUGCAGUUGGCGACGAUGAUGUACCACGAGACCCAGAACGAUAUCGUGAGUCGGACGAGGACGGAAUCGCCGACGUCGCGAGUACCUGAGAUGCCGUUCCGAGAUAAAAUAAGGGGGAAGCAUUUUAGUCGGACGACGGGGAACCUGGAGAGGGAGGUAUCGAGUUAUGCGAAGUAUAAAAACCGGGGGUGUACUUCGUCGCAAUGCGCUGUGAUAUGA